AUGACAGAGUCCUCCCUCCUUACCACGCAUUCGAUACCGAACCACUAUCCGGUCACCGCCGCCCCUUCUCUGGCCUCUCCCCUGCCUGAUGGCUCUCUGUCAGACACAAACGCACGAGAUGAGGAGGAAUAUACCAUCAAAUGCAUCUGUAGCUAUACCGAUGAUGAUGGUAGCACAGUCUACUGUCCCAAGUGCGACACCUGGCAGCACAUCUUGUGCUUCUAUAACGACCGAAAGGUCCCAGAUGAGCAUUUCUGCGCAGACUGCCUCCCUCGCGAUCUCGACGCCAAGAAAGCAACAGAACGGCAGAGACGCCAUCGAGAAGGUCUUGACGACGGCAGUGACCGGAAGGCCAAGCGCCCUAAUUCCAAAAACCAGAAAAAGAAACACAAGGAGAGCAGUGCAACUGCAGAACAGGUUAAUGGCUGGCAUUCCCACGAUCGCCACGAAUCUGUGACCAGUGCGAGAGAUCUACCUCCAGCGAAGAAGCCCAAGACAAAUCACCGCACCUCUGGCUCCAUCGUUUCCAUGAACGGGGACUCGAGAAAAAGGGCCGCAUCCACGGUCCAGUCAUACCCGAGUCCUUCCAAAUCCCCCCAGGACUUGUUUCGUUUCCCUGCCAUUCCUACCUACACCACCGAGUUCCUUGAACUUUACGAUCGAGAUGAGGGUAAUACCGACGCUCGAGACAACGAGCAGACAAUCAAGGCCGCUAAUCAGCUUUCUGCCUGGCGAUCUGACCCCUCUCUCAUUGUAAAUGGACCCGGCCAACAACCAACCCAAAGUUCACCUUUUGUGCGCCUCAAUCGACCUCUCGAUCCAGGGACUUUCCCCAAGGUCUCCAUUGAGACCGUGCAAAAGUCCGACGUCGAGGUUGAUGGACGGCACCCGAGAUGGCGAUACCUUCGCAUACAGACUCCUGUUAAGAAAGAUGAAAUUGUUGGAGAAGUUCGGGGUCAGAUUGGUAUGUUGGAAGAGUACUGCUCACAGAGAUCGACUUCGAACAGGUGGAAUGAACUUCGACACCCCGAUCCUUUUGUUUUCUUCCAUCCCCACAUGCAUGUCUACAUCGACAGCAGACAAUCCGGAACUGAAUUUCGAUAUCUCCGUCGUUCAUGCAGACCCAACGUGACCCUCAAGACUUUUAUCUCAGAUGAUGACGAACCCCACCACUGUUUUGUUGCCAGCAAAGACAUUCCCGCAGGAUCCGAAUUGACCACCAUUUGGUUCUUGGGGGAAGAGAUGAAUCUCGAUGGCCCACACAAUGACUCUGAACAAGCGCAAAGCCGGCGAUUGGAUUGGGUCAGCCGGGUCCUAGCCAACUUUGGCGAUUGUGCCUGCGAAGGCAGCGAUCCAUGCCGAUUGGCUCACCUUGAUCACAGGUUUCCGGCGAGAGCGUUGGAUGCACCUGCCAAAGAGAAGCCAGGCAAGAAAAAGAAGAGUAAGAAUAAAACUACCAUCUCGCCCUUCAGUACAGGACAUGCCACCAACAGUCGUGCAGGAAGCGAACCCAAAGUCCAAGACGAUGACGAUCAUUUCGACCGCCGUUCAAUAUCCGGUUCCUCUCGCAGUGGUGGCCAUAGCCGAGAUAUCACUCCUGUGAACGUUGCCUCGCUCGAUGCCGAUCCCAUCCUCGGUAGUGGCCUGACCGCUCGUGAAAUGCGCAAGAUCCAAAUGGCGGAGAAGGCAUUUGCUCAGAAAGAGCAAGAGAAGAAGGAUCACAAUGGACAGCCUCAGCAACGAAAGAAAAAGCGCACCAGCGGCGGAUCGACCUUGAAUACUCCUAACGUCAACUCGUCAAAGCAUAUAGGACAUCCGACCGGUUCACAUCCUCCCACUCCCAGUGCAUCAAGGCUGAAUGGCACUGCGUCCGCUUCUCCGCCACCACACAAAGGCUACCCGGUAUCUGGGGAUAUACCGAGUCGAGCGGAGACGAAGACCACAAUCUCAAUCCCCAAGCCUGUGUAUGUCAGUAUCGCCAUUCAAACGGAACCAGAAGAAUCCGAGCUGCCGAUGCCGCCCUUGAAGAGGAGGAAAUUCUGCACGCCUACUCAGCGCUUGUUGAGAAGGCUCCUGGAAGAUCGUGUGAAGCAUGGCCAGCAUCUCCAAGAGCAGACCUCACCAUCGUCAAAAAUAUUGGGCCACUCUCACCCGGAUGCAGUUGAUGUGGAAAUGGGAGACGCACCAAGUGAGACUUCUCCAUCUACAGCACCGGUAAUCGCACCAGCUCUGAAUGCAGUAAUCAAAAGUCCACAGAGUCCCGUCAAUGUGGGGACAUCGACGUAUCCUCUUCCUUCACAAGCCGCACAUACUCAUAUACCGUAUAAGACGUCGCCCGGACCUCAGGCGUCCACCCUGCCACCGGUGCCGGCAUUCAGCUCGAAUGGAACAAGUCCCAGUGUUAUGCUAAAUACUCCCGCACCAGGCUUUGUGGCCACCACCACAGCACCGCCCCCUCUGUUAUUGCCUCCCACAGUUAACACUCUGGCUCCAGCUAUCAAUUCAAUCAUGACACCGAGUCCUGCUCGCAAGAAGCUGAGCCUGGGCGACUACAUGAGCCGGCGCAAUCUGGCCUCGACUCCAACCAGCGAGAGAACUCAGAGUCAUGGGGUACUCAAUGGUGUAGAUACGGAGAUGGCCAAGGAUGGCGAGCAAUAUCGAUUGUCACCAGGUGGCCCAGAAUCAUCGCCCCCAAAUCUGAGGCCAAGUGAAGAACUUGUCCAACAGGCAGCAGCGCAAGGCGGAUUGUCAGGCAGUGCCGUGGACGACAUGUCGAUGAAAGACGAGAGCGAUGAGCCGGAGUAUAGCCCUCCUGGGGCAUCAUCCUUGGCGUCAUCUAUAGCAGAUGCCAACAAAGAGGGGCCAUCCAUCUCAGCAAACAGCCGCACAGGCGUGGGCCCAGCAGCUUCGAAUAUGCAAGUACCUGUGACCCAAGUCAGUGGCAAAUGA